AUGUCCUCGUCAACGCCGCAACAGCAGCUCAUUGCCUACAUCCACCAUGAAAGGCAGGAGUCCGGUAGCAUGCUCUGUGCCCAGCACGCACUCAAUGCGCUGCUGCAGGGACAAUACUACGAUGCUUCACAACUAGCUCAGAUUGCAGCUGAGCUUGACCAGUUCGAGGCUUCCGAACUCGGACUCAGCCAAGCCGACAUUGCAUCGCGAGAUCGCUCCAGCUUGAAUAUGGACGAUACCGGCUUCUUCAGCGCAUCAGUACUUGAAAGAGCCCUCCAGGUCUGGGGAAUCUCCAUCUUCAACUGGCGUUCCGCAGCUAACAGAUCACGCCACGAUGCACCAGAACAGGAAAAGGCUUUCGUCCUCAACCUCGACAGUCACUGGUUCACUAUCCGCUCGUUUGGCACCACAAGCAAGUUCUGGUAUAAUCUCAACUCUUUCCUCGCAGAACCAAGCUGGAUCGGCAACAACUACCUCGGCACGCUGCUUCACACCGCCGAGUCAGAGGGCUACACAGUCUUUGUCGUCCAGGCUGCUGAAGGGAGUGCGGGCCAGGGUCUCCACGAGUCGGAUGCAGAUCAGAUGGCAGGCCACCUUCCGCCACCAGGCGCAGCAUCAGCUUCAAGCACUGUCAACUCCACCAGUCUCGGUCUUCGUCCCGAGACGAAGUCUAACAAGCCUUCCGGCAGCUCUCUACCGAGCGCUGGCGACUUUGGCGGUGCAUCAAGUAUGUUCGGAUUUGGCGAUGAGGAGGAAGACGCUGAGUUGCAAGCAGCUCUCAGUGCCAGCCUCGCACAACACAAUGCUGGCGGAGAUGCACCCGACACACCUAGCCGAUCGCGGGUGCGUCAGGUCAGAACAUCGAGCAACGAAGCCGACGCAGAAGGGGACAGCUCUAUGCUCGAGACAGAUGCCGACAUUGAUGCGAUUGCACCGUCAAGACGUCGUCAUCGCACCGGUUCCAGCGAUCCUGUAGACGAUGACUUGCGAAGAGCGAUGGAAGCGAGUUUGUCCAGUUCUAAUCGGUCUUCAAGAGUCAGCAGCUCAGUCAACAUUGCAGGCAGCUCCGCAGCCGAGUCUUCGUCCUCUUCAUCCUCUCGACUUGUCGGACGAAGAAAACGUCGAGCUCAACAGCGACAAUCCGGUCUCACCCGCGACGAGGCCAUUGACCUGGAUGAAUCACGCGAUGACAACCUCUCAAGCGAUGUCGAAGAGCUCCGUCCCUCUUCGCUAUCACAUCGCUCACCCUUUCUCAGUCCAGCCAUGGUUGCAGCCAAUCGUAACAACGAAGACGUCGAGGAGAUCGUCGAUGAUGACGAAGAGAUUCCAAGCGACGACGAGCACGUGGAUCCAUUCAGUAUACCUGGAGCUCCCGAGGCAAGUGCUGUCAUCGGACCGCGUCAAGAUCGACACUACGAUGAUGAGGAUGCGGAACUACAGGCUGCACUAGCGGCGAGUCUUGGUGACACAGAAGCAGCAGCCCGAUUCGCCGCGGACAACCCAAACUAUCGCAAUCCGACGCAUCGCGAUUGCAGUGAGCAGCAGGUCAUUCCAGAAGAUGUAGACCGUAUCUCGAGGAUGCGUGAAGAGGCACGCAAGAAGGCCAGAGAAGAGCAGGAGAAGCAAGAAAGACUGGCGAGAGGAGAGAUCGCAGAGGAGGAAAAGCCCGAGUCGAGUACGGCUGCGAAAGGAAGCGGGAGUGUUGGCGCGGGAGAUGAAGAUGAGGACGAAGAGUCAGAAGCCGAAGAAGUGAGCGCUGAAGAGAUGCGUCGUCGCAGAUUGGCACGGUUUGGGUGA